AUGGACCCGGACAGCAGCAUCCCGGUCGAACCAGAACCCUCGGUUUUCAACUAUGUGCUCUCCUUCCUACUCGUCGGCGUAGCAUGGGGCUUCACAACCCCCUUUAUCCGCCGUGCAGCAGCAGACUUCAACGCCCGACAAGAGAAGCGCGCAAACGAAUCAAACCCCUCAGGGCGCAGAGGAAGGUACUCGGAAGACUCACCUGAAACCGGAUUCACGGAUGCGGGCGAGGAGCAGGAAUUGCUCUCUCGGAACAGUGACUCGGGUGACGAGGAAGGUGUGCGGAGACGGAGCACGAGUAGCAGUGAUGCGAACCGAAAACCAAAGACUGCUGGUGCCGAUACGGGGCUUGACAGUGAGAUUGAUGGGCAGAGUGCGAGUCGCGAUACUACAGAAGCGAGGGAAGGCGGCGCCGAUGACGAGCAGGACGAUAUACCCUCGCCGGUGUGGAGGCGUGGAACUCCUGCGAAGCAGUCAUGGCUGCGGGCGAAGAUUGUGUCUAUUUUCUGGACGGUUGUGAAUUUGCUUCGCACGCCUGCGUAUGCGAUUCCGUUGGUCAUCAAUCUCACGGGCAGUAUUUGGUUCUUUUUGCUUGUUGGAAAACAUGAACUUUCUUUGACUGUGCCGCUUGCAAAUUCGAGUGCGUUCCUGUUUACUGUUCUUGGGGAGUGGUAUGUUGAUCGCAAGGUGAUUGCGAAGGAGACAUGGUUGGGGAUGGGGCUGGUACUUGGAGGGAUUGCAGUAUGCGUGCAUUCUAAGAAUCAGGCAUCUUGA